CGGCGGGGGCGCGGCCGGGCGGCCACGUGACGGGCGGCGCGGCUAUUAAGCCGCGCGGCAGCUGCUCGCAGCCGGAGCUGGUGCUUCGCCCGAGACCCAGCGCCCAGGCGUGUCACCCCGAGAGGAGCCGCGCGAAGGUCACCCCGCGCCCGCCGCCCGCCGCCCGCCGCCCGCCGCCUCCGUGGGUCCGUUUGCCAGUCAGCCAGUGCGUCCGAGCCCCUCGCGCCCCGCCGCAGCCCCGGCCAACCGAGCGCCAUGAACCAGAUAGAGCCCGGCGUGCAGUACAACUACGUGUACGAUGAGGAUGAGUACAUGAUCCAGGAGGAGGAGUGGGACCGCGACCUGCUCCUGGACCCAGCCUGGGAGAAGCAGCAGAGGAAGACCUUCACUGCCUGGUGUAACUCCCACCUAAGGAAAGCCGGCACCCAGAUUGAGAACAUCGAGGAAGACUUCAGGAAUGGCCUUAAGCUCAUGCUGCUUUUGGAAGUCAUCUCAGGGGAAAGGCUGCCCAAACCUGACCGGGGAAAAAUGCGGUUCCACAAAAUUGCUAAUGUCAACAAAGCUUUGGAUUACAUAGCCAGCAAAGGGGUGAAACUGGUGUCCAUCGGCGCUGAAGAAAUUGUUGAUGGCAACGUGAAAAUGACCCUGGGUAUGAUCUGGACCAUCAUCCUUCGCUUUGCUAUUCAGGAUAUUUCGGUUGAAGAAACAUCUGCCAAAGAAGGUCUGCUGCUUUGGUGUCAGAGGAAAACUGCUCCUUAUAGAAAUGUGAACAUUCAGAACUUCCAUACUAGCUGGAAAGAUGGCCUUGGACUCUGUGCCCUCAUCCACCGACACCGGCCUGACCUCAUUGACUACUCAAAGCUUAACAAGGAUGACCCCAUAGGAAAUAUUAACCUGGCUAUGGAAAUCGCUGAGAAGCACCUGGAUAUUCCUAAAAUGUUGGAUGCUGAAGAUUUAGUAUACACUGCCAGACCCGAUGAAAGAGCCAUAAUGACUUAUGUUUCCUGUUACUAUCAUGCUUUUGCUGGUGCACAGAAGGCCGAGACAGCGGCUAACAGGAUAUGUAAGGUUCUUGCUGUGAAUCAAGAGAAUGAGAGGCUGAUGGAAGAAUAUGAGAGGCUAGCGAGUGAGCUUUUGGAAUGGAUUCGUCGCACAAUCCCCUGGCUGGAGAACCGGACUCCCGAGAAGACCAUGCAAGCCAUGCAGAAGAAGCUGGAGGACUUCCGGGAUUACCGCCGGAAGCACAAGCCACCCAAGGUGCAGGAGAAAUGCCAGCUGGAGAUCAACUUCAACACGCUGCAGACCAAGCUGCGGAUCAGCAACCGGCCUGCCUUCAUGCCCUCCGAGGGCAAGAUGGUGUCGGAUAUUGCUGGUGCCUGGCAGAGGCUGGAGCAGGCUGAGAAGGGUUACGAGGAGUGGUUGCUCAAUGAGAUUCGGAGACUGGAGCGCUUGGAACACCUGGCUGAGAAGUUCAGGCAGAAGGCCUCAACGCACGAGACUUGGGCUUAUGGCAAAGAGCAGAUCUUGCUGCAGAAGGAUUACGAGUCGGCGUCGCUGACAGAGGUGCGGGCUCUGCUGCGGAAGCACGAGGCGUUCGAGAGCGACCUGGCAGCGCACCAGGACCGCGUGGAGCAGAUCGCAGCCAUCGCGCAGGAGCUCAAUGAACUGGACUAUCACGAUGCUGUGAAUGUCAAUGAUCGGUGCCAGAAAAUUUGUGACCAGUGGGACCGACUGGGAACGCUUACUCAGAAGAGGAGAGAAGCCCUGGAGAGAAUGGAGAAAUUGCUAGAAACCAUUGAUCAGCUUCACCUGGAGUUUGCCAAGAGGGCUGCUCCUUUCAACAAUUGGAUGGAGGGCGCUAUGGAGGAUCUGCAAGAUAUGUUCAUUGUCCACAGCAUUGAGGAGAUCCAGAGUCUGAUCACUGCGCAUGAGCAGUUCAAGGCCACGCUGCCCGAGGCGGACGGAGAGCGGCAGUCCAUCAUGGCCAUCCAGAACGAGGUGGAGAAGGUGAUUCAGAGCUACAACAUCAGAAUCAGCUCAAGCAACCCGUACAGCACUGUCACCAUGGAUGAGCUCCGGACCAAGUGGGACAAGGUGAAGCAACUCGUGCCCAUCCGUGAUCAGUCCCUGCAGGAGGAGCUGGCUCGCCAGCAUGCUAACGAGCGUCUGAGGCGCCAGUUUGCUGCACAAGCCAAUGCCAUUGGGCCCUGGAUCCAGAACAAGAUGGAGGAGAUUGCCCGGAGCUCCAUCCAGAUCACAGGAGCCCUGGAAGACCAGAUGAAUCAGCUGAAGCAGUAUGAGCACAACAUCAUCAACUACAAGAACAACAUCGACAAGCUGGAGGGAGACCAUCAGCUCAUCCAGGAGGCCCUUGUCUUUGACAACAAGCACACGAACUACACGAUGGAGCACAUUCGUGUUGGAUGGGAGCUGCUGCUGACAACCAUCGCCAGAACCAUCAAUGAGGUGGAGACUCAGAUCCUGACGAGAGACGCGAAAGGCAUCACCCAGGAGCAGAUGAAUGAGUUCAGAGCCUCCUUCAACCACUUUGACAGGAGGAAGAAUGGCCUGAUGGAUCAUGAGGAUUUCAGAGCCUGCCUGAUUUCCAUGGGUUAUGACCUGGGUGAAGCCGAAUUUGCCCGCAUUAUGACCCUGGUAGAUCCCAACGGGCAAGGCACUGUCACCUUCCAAUCCUUCAUCGACUUCAUGACUAGAGAGACGGCUGACACUGACACUGCCGAGCAGGUCAUCGCCUCCUUCCGGAUCCUGGCUUCUGAUAAGCCAUACAUCCUGGCAGAGGAGCUGCGUCGGGAGCUGCCCCCGGAUCAGGCCCAGUACUGCAUCAAGAGGAUGCCCGCCUACUCAGGCCCAGGCAGUGUGCCUGGCGCCCUGGAUUACACUGCGUUCUCUUCCGCACUCUACGGGGAGAGCGAUCUGUGAUGCUGAGCUUCUGUAAUCACUCAUCCCAUCAGUAUGCAAUAAAAGCGGAAGUCACAGUUUGUUUCCUGGAAACUUUGACAAGCUUUAUUAAGUUGAGAGAGAGAGAGGGGAAAAAAAAAAAGCCUUUCGUAGUUCAGUAAUUGCCAGCAAUAUAACACGGCUAAAAUGAAGUUUCUACAGUAUAUGACAUAGUGCGCUUCAUAAAUAGGUUUAUUUCUGAGUUUUUAGCAAAAUGUAAUGAAAUAUCAGGUUGAUUUCUUUGAUUAAACAGAACAAAUUACUUGAGUAAUAGGAAAUUAGGAGGAUCUAGGGACAGAAGGAAAGUGAAAAAUGUGAAAAUACAAAAUACCCAAGAUUUAAGACCGGGGGGGGGAAAAACCCACAAAUUGGUAAAUAAAGGUUUGCUAUUUGUAAAAAA